AUGUUCUCCAUCGUUUCGAGCCGUCCAAAAUCGUUAGUACGGCCCAAUUCGAGGUCUAUAGUGCUACCUGCACUUGUAGCGUUGACCUCGAUAAUUUUUUCCAAGGAUAACCGCUUGGCAGAUAAAAUGGAAAGUGGAAAACUUCACUACAAAGAUGUCAAUUCAACGUUCAACGUCGACAAGCCCUACAAGUCUCGGUCCAAGCCCAACUACCCUGGCCACGUGCCGUUGAAUGCAUUCGAAAAGCUUCUAAUGAUGGCUGGCUCAUCUAUAGGGUCAUAUUUGCACCCGGAACGAAACGAAUUUAUUGUUGGCCUCGGAGAGUCCACGGCUUUUACACCCGUCUUGCGACGUCUCCAGCGCCAGAUGUUGUCGGACCCCGUUGGUCGACAAAUUUUGAGAGAAAGACCAAGAAUCACUUCCGAAUCUCUUGAUUUGGACUACCUUCGUCUGCUUCCAAAAAACACAAUUGGAAGUGCUUAUAUCCAGUGGCUCGAUCGCGAGGGAGUGAGUCCCGACACCAGAGUCCCCGUUCGUUACAUUGACGAUGAAGAGCUUGCUUACAUUUACCAACGGUACAGAGAGUGCCAUGAUUUCUACCAUGCUAUAACUGGGCUUCCUAUUAUAAUAGAAGGCGAAAUCGCCGUAAAAGUCCUUGAAUUCACUAACAUCGGUAUCCCCAUGCUGGGUCUCGGAGGUCUCUUUGCGCCUCUUCGUCUUCGUCCCAAACAGCGCGAGAGACUCUAUGGAAUUUACUAUCCAUGGGCAUUCAAAUCAGGACUCAAUUCUAAGCCAUUGAUCAAUGUGUACUGGGAAAAAAUCUUGGAGCAAGACAUCAACGAGUUUCGCCGCGAUAUGGGCAUAGAACAACCUCCUGAUUUGCGGGAAUUGAGACGCAAACAAAAGAAGUUGCCUGAGCCGGAACGUGAAAAUGCGAAUUGA